UUCCAAAAUCUCUAUGGACUUAGUUCGUUUUUGAAUCAUUUUGCUCGCUACUUGCCUUUCGUUUUAUACGUUAAUAAUUUUCACUCGCAUACCGAUUCGUUGCGGUUAGUCCGCAAGAUGUAGAGUUAUUUAUUUCCCCGUCCUUUUUUUGCUUGUCUCUGGAUUUCGAGAAAAAAAGUGACGUUUCCCGGAUUUAAAGAAAAAAAUGAACUUAGAUGAAACUUCUAACUUGGAAGAUAUGAAAUGUUGGAGAUGCGCCGCCCUACUGUCCAUCGUUCAGGUGGUGACGGGGGCGGUCCUGACCGCGGUGGCCAUCCACGCCGCCUUCACCGUCCCUUCCCUCUCCGUCCGACACUUCCCUCUGUGGGCAUCCGUACCCUUACUUCUGUCCGGACUCAUAUCCAGCGUCUUGGUCUUCGGAUGCAAAAACAAGCACUCGGCCAAGAAGUCCGUCUUUUCUUUUAAGGUGGCGUGUUUCGUGGCACUUCCGGUGUCCGUCCUGACCAGCACCAUAGCCUCGGUCUUUCUGUCGGUACACGUCUUUCUGUACGUGGAUCGGUACAGUUCCUGUUCUCCCUCGGGGGGAGACUGCGUGUGUCGCAAAGACGGACAAUUGUACGACCAGUUGUUUCCCUACCGCGACACGGAUUGCCGGACGGUCCUGUCCUCCAUGAGGGCGCUGAUGCUGGUCAUGUCCGUCCUGGGAGCGGCGGGAGGCCUUUCCGCCUCCUGGUUCCUGUCCAUUCUCUGGAGCAGUCACUACCAUCACGUUUACGCGGGAGUCAGUCUGGACGACGUCUCGGUGGUGUGACGGUAAAAUAACACUCGCCUUCUACUCUUACGCAAUAAUAAUGCCUCUAUCCGCCGGGCCCCCUACUUUUCGAAAUCCGGCGGCAGAUUUUUCGGCCCGGUACGUUUUAAAUGCAACUUUAAGCGUUUACGACGUUCCUGUCCGUAAUUUGGUCGAUCGAUCGUCUCGCGCGCGGGUCACUGUAUUUUUCUACCUUAAUUAGCGUUUACGAAUUUUUACCAUUUUUGCCGCGAGUAUAUUUUUUUAAUAAUCUCGCGUGAUUGUCCGAUAUUUGUUACUUUGUCAGACAAUUUUUUGGACCGGUGAUUUCCGGAUCGCCAUAUUAGUGCCAAAGGAUGCGUCGACUAACGACUAAUAGAAAUCGUCGCGCGUUACCGUAGGCCGACCGGCCUUUAAAUAAGGUGCCGACGUCGUUGUUAUCGGUGGAAUCUCCCGCUGGUCUUUCGAGUGUGGUUGCGGCCCGUUGCCGUUACUUAACUUUUACGUUUUUCUAUUUAGUAUCGUUGGCGGAAAAGCCGAUAAUUUCCGAAACGUAUUUAUCGUCUACGUCACAAUUCGGGCCAUUGUUACGUUGUCCGGUAUUGGAAAGUUGGCGGAAUUUGAAAUUUUCAAGUCCAAUUUGCCCGAUUAAUUAACAUAUAUAAUGUAAUGUCGUUUCGGAACUUCUCGAUAUUACCUAUUCUGUAUUUGAAUACGAACACUUCUCUCUUGUUAUUCGUUGCCUAGUCCGAACUUCUGUCACAAAGUUUUCGCUCACACUAAGGGUGCUAAAGUACUGUACAUUACGUUUCAUUUGUUAAGUUUUUAAAUACCGAAAUAAAGUAUUUGACACUGCUAA